CGUGCGUUUCAAACCUUGGAGGGCUCCGUGCCUGGCUGCAGCACCGGCGAGCCCGCACGCCGUUCCUCGGCAUCCGGCCGUGUCUCCCUCUCUCCGCCCCGGGGCUGACCCUCGGCAGGGAUGCGCUCCCGGGUUUUUCCUCUCCCCGGGGGAAAAAGGGGCUGUUCUGCUCCGGGCACCUCUGUCAGCUGAAGGGGGCGGGAGCUGCAGCCUUGAAGUAGAAAAGGAAGAAGGAAAAGCAGCGGGGCGAGGAUGAGCGGCGCCGGACAGCGGUGGGCGGUGGGCUGAGCCUCCGGGCACCGCGGGCUGCGGGAGGAGGAGGAGGAGGCGGCAGAGGAUGCGGCGGGGCAGGGAUGCUGCGGCUGAGCACCCACCUGCCUAGGGAGAGCAGCAUCGUCCUCCGAGGGCAGGGAGAAAGUGGGGGGAAAGCGGCAGAGCUCUCUGAGCUCUGCAAGGACUGCCCGCCUGACACCCCAGCAAAGUUUCCUGAGCUCGGUGACGGGAGGCGAGCAGAGAUGUGAGAUCCCUCUGCCCGCAGGCUUCCACACCCGUUCUGCUGGGACGAACCAUGGCUUUGCCAUCCCCGAGUGAAGGGUGAGGGUGAGAUCCCGGGCAGCCGCUCCCUCCAUCGCCUUCCCCGGCUCCGCGCUCCCUCCCAGGAUUUCAAGGCAACAGGAGACUGGAAACAGUCUUCACAACACAGCAUUCACCCUGUAAGGACUGAGGUGACCUCCAAGACUCUUCCCAGCAUGUUCAGUGAAAAGAGCAGCGCCUCUUUGUCCCAAAAACCCACCCAGAAGAAGACCCGGCCCCAGGGCCUCCCCUCCCCUGCUCUCUGCUGUGCUUGUGGACUCUGCAUCAUGCUAGCAGGGAUCAACAUCACCUUAGUGGGAGCUUUUGCCUUUGGGACCUUCCUCCCUGUGAACAACCCUCCCAUCAUCAUCGGGCCCAUCCUGCUGGUGGUGGCCUUCACAUUCUUCGGUGCCUGCUGCAUCUGCAGCCGGAGGCCCCCAGCCCACGGGGCCAGGAAAUCCAAACCAGGCUCCAACAUUGGCCUCAUCAAACCUGGCAACACAGCCUUUGAAAUCGAAACCAGCGAGCACACAGUGCAGGACACCACUGCUGUCCAGCUGAGCCCCACCAACUCCCCCAUCUCCUCCAAAAAGUCCACCCCGGUGCACGAGAACGCCAAGGCUUGCAAACUCUUCACCAUGGAGGGCAACGGGCCAGUGGCCAAAUACUCCACAGGGGGAGAGGCCAUACAGCUCAACCUGCCCAGGGACCUGGCCACAUCCUAAACCCGGGCAAAGCUUUUGUCAGCAGCCAGCCAAACGCUGCCAUGGGCGGGCUGGAAUUGUGCCAUCAGUCAGGGGCGUGGGGAAGGUGCUUGUGGAAAACCAGCAGUCAGUCAGGUCUCUCUGAACCACUUUAAGGGAGAUGGAUGCAACAGCAGAAAGAAAAAUAAUCCAGAUUUUUUUUGCUGCAACAUGCCCAUUAUACAGUUUUUAAAAGAAAACUGAUAACGAUGCUGCUGUGAAAAGAUGAUCGCGGUUCCUGGAAAUACGCUGCCGUUUUUGGGGAGCAGAUAGAAGAGGGGAAUGAAUUAAUUUGUCUGAUAUAAUGUGACAGUUGGAAGGAGAGGCUACAUAGGACUGACAAAUGACAGCUCUUUCUUCUCAGAAGUGAAGCAAUUCUUGGACAUAAAAGAAGCAGGAACGCAGUAAAUUACAGCUUGCUGCCACUCAGUCACAAGAAGAUUUCAGCAUUUUUAGUGCCAGACUUUUUGGCAGUAGGGACAAAGCUAUGUCUUUGCUACUGAAAAAGCAGUGUGAAGCCAUCUCUCCUCUGUUGAAAAUUCUUGCCCCAUCCUGCCCUCAUUUGGGUGAUUUUACUGCCCAUUCUAAGAGAAGGAACCACAAGGAUCACAAUCAGCGCUGGUAUUUUCCUCUCACGUUAAUGAGCUUGAGCUGCAGCUGUGCUACUCCUCUCAGUGUAUUUCUUGGAAGAUCAGUCAGGCUGGAUCCUUGGGGAUGAGCUCCUGGGGUAACCAGAGACUAACAGGAGCCUGCAAAUUACAUUUUUGGGCCGUGAUUAUGUAUUGAGUACUAGGCAACAUUCUUCCCAUAUUUUUGUGGAAGGCUGGCCUGGGACACGCCUCAGGGCAGGGGGUAGAUGACUGUAUGGGCUUCAGAACUGUAUGGGCUUCAGAAUAGCUCUGCUGGAAGAUGGUGACUGUGGGAUCCAUUGCCCAGGAGUGGAUCCUUGCUGCAGGAAAUUGAGUGCUCAGGGUGCUCACAAAGCAGUGGGAUUUUUGCAGAAGAGUUUUUAGUUUGCAGAAGAGAAUUUAUCAAGAGCAGUUCCAAGCAAAGACACCCCCUGUGCCUCAGAAAGACCCUAAUCUGAUGGAAUAAUGCUGCAAAGGAUUUGUGUUUUUCCCUGGGGGACUCUGGCUGGGAGCACAGUGCUGUGCAGAUGGGCUUUGCUCUGACUCCUGCUCAGUGUGGGGAAGGACAGCACUGCCAGGCAGGACUUGUAUGUGGGGAGGCAGCAGCAAGAGAGUGGAUCUUGAGUAGGAAUGGCUGCACAGGUCCUCUGUUUAUGGUAGCUCUAUAUUUGAAGUGUGGUUUUUGGGACUUUGGAUGACAAGGGAAUCAUCUGGACCACACCACAUCACUGCAGUGGCCCGGCUAGCCCAGGAUCCAGUUUCUGACAAGACUGUGAGCAAGGUCUGGAGAGGAACAUAAAGACAGGGGAAAACCAGGAUGCUGCUUGCCAGAAGUGCUUUCCCAGCUUCCAAUGUGCUAUUGCUUAGGAGCUUCCUGAGCUGGCAGUGGUGCCUGUAUGUAGCAGCCCUGAGUGGAUUUCUCCCCCAUGAAAUAAUCCAUUUGCGCCUUGACUGUCUGUCAAUUCCCAUCAUGUGUGAUCCUGCAGCAGAGAGCUGCACACUUUGGCUUCUUUUCAUCCUGCAUCCUCCUACCUCCCUUUGAUGGCUCAAAUUUCCCAGGUUAGAAGGGUCAGCAAACAGCCCAUGGCCUCACCACCCUUUGGGUAUUCUGAGAUGUGUUUUCCAUGCCAUGUUCCCUCCAUCCAUCUCUCUGUUACAGAACUUUAUAUAUCCUGUAGCCAGAGGGAGGAAACUCUUCCCAUUCAGCCCAGCAGCAGCUGCUUGAUUGGCUGAGGACAACACAGCCCUGAGGCUUUAACCACCAGAAAUCCAUGUAGAGAGAGGUGGGAGGGCUGAAGGGGACAUGUUGGAGGACAAGGAGGGAUUAUGGCAUGGCCAAGGUUCCCCUUGGCCACCAGAUACCUCUGUGAAGAGAAAAGCCCUGGUGCUGUACAGGCCAUGCAGGAGGUGUCCUGGCUGCUCUGGGGAGCCCCUGGGCAGCUGAUGUCCCUGCAUGAGCCCAGGUAGGAUGAGGUUGAAGUAAUUCCUUGAUAAAAGGUUAACCAAAGAGUCAUAAUGUGAGUCCCUGAGUCCUCCAGCAGUUUGCUGCCUCCAACAGCUCCUUCUCCACAUCUUGAUUUUAGCAGGGUGGGUCUGCAGUGAUUGGGAGGAGAAGAGGAAGGUUUGGGAGAAGGGUGUAUGUGUAGGGCUGGGUAGAUGCAGGUUCAAUCUUUGGUACAGCCUCCAGGUCCUGGGCAAGUCAUUGAUGUGUGCUGUGAGGGGCAAACACCUGCUCCAGCUCCAUGGAAAGCUGCUUUAGGGAUGAGCAUUGCCAAGGAACAGGACUGGCAUUGGCACACCUGAAUCUGGAGAUUGCUCUGAGCUGGGGGGGGUCUGCACAGCCUGACCCCUGUGUGAUCUCUCUUAGAGCUCACUUUCUUGGAGGGCUCUGCCCCCAGCACUGCCCCAGGAAUGCAGGAACUGCUGUGCUGACAAAAAGGCUCCCUCAGUUUUUGCCUGCCCUUGAGUGCUGUAGCAAUUAGGCAGAACAGCUUGCUGAUGUAGGUUUGAUUCCCAACUUGCUGGCCUCACUAGCAUACAACAGCUUGGAAAUCUUUUAGAGACAUUUCCCACGUGAAUAUGGUUACUGCAAGAUUUUCUUUGAGCACUCAGAGCCAAAAAAUUAGUAAAAUCAAGUGCUAAGCACACAAUUCCUUUCUUUGCUCGCUGAAGUCUUGAAAAGCAGGACUGGAGAGCAUCACUCCUCAUCACAGCUGCCCUGUGAAAUGCUACCAGAGGUGGAUAAUGCGAUGUCUGACCAAGAGAGCACAGCCAGCAGAGAUGGUGUCUGGGCAGGCAGAGGGGGAGGAGCAGUGAGAUGCUGAUGUGAGGUGGGUGUGCCCCACAGUGAUGCCCUGGUGUGGGUGUGCCCCACAGUGAUGCCCCGGUGAGGUGGAUGUGCCCCCAAGCUGUGACCCACACCUGCCUGCCCAGCAUGGUGUACAUGAGAACAUCCUCUGCCUCCCUGCUCUUGCCUUCUUCUGUCUUUUGUAAUUCCCACGUCUGUCUGUCUGCUCACCCCCAUGGUCAGCUGUGCCUGAUGUUGUGAAUUUCGUGCCUCCUUGUGUAGUGGGAGAUAAGGAGAGUUCCUAUUCUCCAAGUCAGCAUUUCUGGUGUGAAUCUUUUUAUAAAAAUUGCUGUUUCUGUGUGUGCAAUGUGGAAUUUGGAAAAGAGAGACACAUUAAAAUAAUUGCACUCAGAAAGCAUUUGGCCUGUCUGCCUUUUCAUUCUAACAGCCACCUUCUCCUUUAUCCCCAGACUGUGUGUGUGCCCCAAUCCUGUCUGUGUGCAUUUUGCCUCAUGCUCCUCACUCUCCUGCUUGUUCUCCCAGGAAAAAGUGUCCCUAAGAAUUCACAUUGCCUCUCAAAUGCCAGUUCUCCUUGAAAACCUGUUUGCCUAAACAUUAGUCCCACAGCAGGCUCCCACUAUCAUUGCUUUGACUAACAGGGGAAUAACCAAAUUCAGCCUUUUUUGGCUGCAGGUGUGUUUUUAACCCCCAGCUGGGCACCUGGCCAGGCCAGAUGUGAACUCUGGGAUCCCAGGGACACAGGAGCAGCAGGGCUGUGGGCUGGGCUGGGUGAGGGCUGUGGGCUGCUCUGAUUCAGUGCCUCUGAAUCGGAGAGGACUGGGCUGGAUUAUUUCAGCUGAUCCUCCCCAGCCCUGGGUAGAGAUGAUAUUUAAUUUAUGGUGCAGGGGAGGGAGCUGUAUCUGUGUGUGCCUGUGUGUCUAGGAUUGCUGCUGUCACCUUUCUGUGCCUGCUCUGGGCUUAGCCCAACAUGGUCUCCUGGAGAUGAGUCAAGGAGGGAUGGCACAGGGAGAAUAAAGAGGAUUUGAGAGCCUUGCAAAUUCACCUCGUCAAAGGGCUUCUCCUCCAUGUGCAGCCAAGUGAUUGGAGAUGAGAGGAAAUCUCUCCAUUCCAGGCAGCCUGGCUGGUUAAAGACCUGAGAAAUUAGCUGGCUAAGAAGGCUCCACUGACAAUGUGUG